CACAGCGUGGGUAAGACGUCGCUAAUGAAUCAAUAUGUGAAUAAGAAAUUCAGCAAUCAAUAUAAGGCCACUAUCGGUGCGGAUUUCUUGACCAAAGAAGUUAUGGUCGAUGAUCGCCUUGUGACAAUGCAGAUUUGGGAUACCGCAGGUCAAGAACGUUUUCAAUCCCUGGGCGUCGCAUUUUAUCGUGGGGCCGAUUGCUGCGUUCUUGUCUAUGACGUGAACAACGGAAGGAGUUUUGAGACGUUAGACAGUUGGAGAGAUGAAUUCUUAAUUCAAGCUUCCCCACGAGAUUCCGAGAAUUUUCCUUUUGUUGUCUUGGGCAAUAAAAUCGAUAUGGAAGAGUCGAAGAGAGCGGUCUCUCAGAAACGCGCGAUGACCUGGUGCCAGUCCAAGGGUAAUAUUCCCUAUUUUGAAACAAGCGCAAAGGAGGCGAUCAAU